CCGGCACAGUUUCUCCGUCUGCCCAGUUCGAUCGGCAACGGGAGCGGAAAGAAGAACGAAGAGAGCCAGAAGGCAGCAGCCCCCACCACCACCGCCGGCCCAGGUUACCAUCUAGCACCGGGAAACACAGCAGAAAGCCGCCGCCGGCAGAAGCCAAUACCAACCAGUAGUCACCAUGAGCAGUGAGGCCGAGACACAACCACCGCAACAGCCCGCUGUUGAUGCGGAGAGCCCGUCCAGCCCGGCAGCCGCAGCUUCCGCGGUGGAUAAGAAGGUCAUCGCAACAAAAGUCCUGGGUACAGUCAAAUGGUUUAAUGUCAGGAACGGAUAUGGUUUCAUCAAUAGGAAUGACACAAAAGAGGAUGUUUUUGUACACCAGACAGCCAUCAAAAAGAACAACCCAAGAAAAUACCUGCGUAGUGUCGGAGACGGAGAAACUGUGGAGUUUGAUGUAGUGGAGGGAGAGAAGGGAGCAGAGGCAGCGAAUGUCACUGGCCCAGGAGGUGUUGCGGUACAGGGUAGCAAGUACGCUGCCGACCGGAACCGCUACAGGCGCUACCCCAGAAGGAGGGGCCCUCCUCGCGGCGGCGAAUACCCAGACAACUAUCCGAGCGACGGAGAGGGCGAGCCUGGCAGCGGGAGCCGUGACAAAGGCAGCCGAGAUGGGGGAGAGAGCGCCCCAGAAGGAGACGUGCAGCAACAACCGCGCAGGCCCGCAUAUCCUGGCAGACGGCGCUACCCGCCUUACUUUGGAGGAGAGGGUGAUGAGAGCCAGGGAGGUCCAGACCAGGGAACCAAACCAGUGAGGCAGAACUACUACAGAGGCUUCCGACCAAGGUUCAGACCAAGAGGUCCACCCCGUCCCAGACCGGUGCGGGACGGCGAGGAGGACAAGGAGAACCAGGGGGGUGAGGGUGGUCAGAACCAGCAGCCCCGCCCGAGGCGAUACCGCCGCAACAUCAACUACCGUCGCGGACGCCCUCAGACUGGAGGCAAACCCGGCCAGGAAAAUAAGGAGGCCAAGACAGGAGGUGACCCAUCUGCAGAGAAGACGUCCGCUCCCGAGGCCCAGCAGGGUGGGGCUGAGUAGGACCUGCCCACCGGCACCUACCAUCUGUUAACAUCGUCCGGUUUUUUUGUCAACAAGAAGAAACAUCAAACAAGAUCUGAGCAAUAAAGAUUGACUUGAUGAUCGUCACAAGCUUGCACCAUGACCAGAUUACCACCGAAUGCCUGCAGAAUCUAUGCAGACUUUUAUUUUUUUUCCUAUUUUUACGUGACAGCUACAAAACGUUUUGGAGAAACUACAAGUUUUUCUAAAUCUGUCCUAAGUUUUUACACCAACUGGUUUUUAAAGAAAAAAAAAAGAAUUUGAUAUCUGGUCAGUUUGACAUUUUUAAAUAACUUUUUAUGUAUUCAAACGUUUUAACAAAUGCAAGCUAAAAUAAAAGUCCCAAAAUCAGGA